UGAUUUUUAUCAGGCUGCUGCUGCGGUGUUUGUUUGUGUUUGUCUCUGAGCGCCACGGGAUCAAGUUUUAUCUUCAGAAUCAUAAUAAUUUGGUGAAAAUGCAUCCAGUACGUGUGUCGAUUCCGUCGUUUCGUUCAGAAAACAACUCGAUCGAGAGAGGAUACACGGUCUUUCGAAUCGACAUCCUGAUGAAUGGGAGACUGCACACUGUUGAAAAGCGCUACAGUGAAUUCCACAAUUUGCACAGGAUGUUGAAGAAGAGCAUAAAGCUGCCUGAGAUGCCCUCAAAACAUGUCAGAAACUGGGUUCCUAAAGUCCUGGAACAGAGGAGGCAGGGCCUGGAAAUCUACCUGCAGACUAUAAUCAUGGAGAAUGAAGCCCUUCCAAAAGUAUUCCUGGAUUUCCUGAAUAUCCGUCAUUUUCCGUCAGUGCCAAAAACAGAAAGCUGUGGGUCCUUUGAUACAGAAUCUUUGGAAUCAAAUAAACUUUCUCAUCAGCCAGUCAUGCUGUUCCUCAGAGACCCGUACGUGCUGCCGUCUGACGAUGAUACAUUUUCCAAUGUCGUAAUUGAAGGUGUGAUGCACGGAGUCUUCUACCCCGAUCUCCAGCUGAGGUAGAACCACGGAGACGGAAACGAACGCAGCAAACGGCUGCUUCGCAUUUUCACACCAGUUCAGGUGUGCGUUAAGAAGAACAAAACAUGUUAACAUAAACUGAGCCUCAUUUAUAUCAUCUACAGCAUUUAACAACAAAAAAGCAUUAUUUAUUUACUUUCUCUUUUUUUUUUUUUAAACAAAAAAAGGAUAUUUAAUCUACAUAAACCAGCACAUUUUAAAUCAUGAACACUAACUCGCAUGUUCACUAACAUUAACUCAGCUAUAAAAUUAAACUAUAUGUGGAAAAAAAAAAAAAAAGGUCAGCUAAGAUGUUUUGACGAGUGAAAAAUAAGGUAAAAGUCAGAAAAAUAAACAAAAAGAAUUUGAAACAUAGAUAAGAGGCCCUUCUAUGUGGGAAUAAAAAGAAAAGGGGUUUUUGAGAUUUCAGUGCGUAGUUGUAGGUUGUGAAUGAUUCUCAAAGCCAGAAAAGAGCUGAAAUGUAGUUCUCCAGAUGCUGAGGAAAAAGGGACUUUUCUUGCUUGUGAGUGACGAAGUGAUGGACUGUGGUGUCGAGCUGCACGGAUCAUGGCCUGCAGACUGGGAGGUGCCACUCGCCUCGUUGCACUUUUGAUGUGGGUUUUUAAUUUGUUUUGGCCUGCAAAAUUGAGUCAGCAGAGGGAGAGCAGCAGGAUAAUGUGGGUGGAUAUUUUAUUGAAUGCUGGGGGAGUUGACAAUAACAUGCCACAUGUGGAAAAAUAGUUUGUGAAGUGGACCUUUCUGUGACAAAGCAUAAGGUGCCUGUGGGGGAAAAAAAAGUGCUGUAGUGACUGUGACAUUGGUACUCGUGAGCCCCACUUGGAUCUCUCAGGUGCUGGGAUUGAGGUUUCAGGCAAAUAGCCAGUUUAAAACAAAACUGCAACACAUUUAAAAAUGUGGCUUAACCUGAAGUUGAUGACACAUUUAACUAAAAUUGGGCAUGAUUCCAGCUGCUAAAGUAUAAGCAAACACUCUCACUACAGAUCCUGUCGCUAUUGCCAAAAUCUUAUCCCUGAUUCCCUGAGACCAUUGAGGAUUUAUGGAACCCCAAUGUCACAUAAUAAACUUGCUGCAUUUCCAUAAGUUUUGAACAUAAUUGUCCCUCCUGUCUUUCCAACUAUAUAACACUGAUGUUGUCCUAGUUUGCACUUGAGGACGGAUGCAAAAAAACCAACUCUUCGGGUUCUGCACCAUGUUGGUGGAAAGAGGCGUUUCUGAAAUCUGAGCUGACAGACAUAGUUCAUCAGUAGUUUUCAUUGUUAUUGUAUGCAUAUGCAAACUUAUUUGCAUAGAGGAAAUAGAGAAAUCAAGUAAAAUAUCUGAAUUUUAAUGUAAUCAAAAAGGGAAAUGCACACAAAAGGUUUAUAUAAAUGUAGGCACAAGUAGAUUAUCACUCAAGUUUUACUUUUUACAUGGAACUAAAGAUCGUGCUCAUUUCUGUUUUUGUAGACCAGCAUCUAAUACUAACACUAGGUGUAUAAUAUCUGAAGUAUGUAAAGGGAGCUUUAUGUGACUGAAAAGACACUCAGCCAGUAAAAUAUGGUGCAAUAUGGAUUAUGACCCAACUAGUCUUUGUUUUUCCUUGUGAAUCAACUAAAUCUGUGAAAUUACAAAGAAUCUCAAACUGUCAACAAUUUAAUUUACUUUGUGAAAUGUUGUUUCAUGUGAUUUGUUUUUAAACAGUCAUUUCUCUGAAAUGACUUUUUAGAGGCUUUUAUAUGACAGGACCUUGACUACAUGUCACUGUUCAUAACAUGAAGUCGAAUGGUGAACCUCAACUAAACAAAUCAUGGCUUUAUGUAUUCAAAAUGUUAAUCAUUUCCUAAAGGUUCAUUGUAACAACUUGCAUGCAUUUAUAUCAAACAUUUUGCUCCGAUUGUAUGAAGUGUUGUUUCUGUGCCAAAAUGUCAAACUACAGUGAACACUGAGCUACUGUAGCACUUUAACAUGAAUGAUGUGAAAAAUACUGACACAAUAAAAUUUGAGAUUUGUUGAGA